AUGUGUUUACUAUUCCAACUUGGCUAUGGUGGUGUUCGACCAGGAUGGAAAUCCGGCCACAUUUACGGAGUGAGUGGCCCAUUUAAUGACUGGAACGAUGUGGAUAUCCCCAAAGAUCAAUAUGAACCCAUUCUUCUUCAUUCUGUCAGCUCCGAACCCUCAACCAUUAGAAAUUGGUAUGACUCUCAGAUCAGUCAGCAAUGUGAGACUCAAAGGCCAGUUAGGGUUCGAAGCAAGCAACCACCACUUCGCCCGGAUGAUUCCUUGAACAUUGGAACCGCGUUCUUCAAUGACUAUGCCGCUGACAAGCAAGUCGUGAACUGUAAUGAUGAGGAUGACGCUUACAUACGUAAUUACUUGGCUUCCUUCUGA